AUGAAGGACAAAAAAAUCUACAGCACUUCAAGUUCUAGUUCCUGCUCUUCAGCCUCCUAUCAAAAAGCUACAAAGAAAGUACCAGAAAUGAGUGAACAGGCAGUGACAUAUGUAGACUUGAAUUUUAACUCUUCUUCUGAGCAACAGAAGAAACAAAGACCAAAGAACACCAGGGCCAAAGUUAUGGAAGUAAACGAGGAGGAGGUGACCUACACAGAACUGAAAUACCAGAAUGCUUCUGAACAGCAGAGGAGACAAAGGACUAAGAACCCCCAGGGCAAAGGUUCUUCUGCUCCAUCUUCUCAAUGGAGGCUCAUUGUAGCAAUUCUUGGGAUCUCCUGCCUGGCUUUGCUGAUAGCAGUGGGUUUCUUGAGCGCCAAAGUUUUUCAGGUCUCUGAUCCACCAUGUGGACAGCUGGAAAACUUCACAAAAGAAAUGGAAAUUUUCCAAGGUGAGAAUGCAAACAUACCAUAGGUUUUGAACAGGAAUGAUAUAGGCUGGAAGUCUCUUUGCCAAGAACAUUGGUUUCAACAUGGAAAGAAAUGCUACCGCUUUUCUACUGAAUACAAAUCUUGGCUGGAGAGUCGAAAAGCCUGCUCUUCUCAUGGCUCCAGACUCCUUUUAAUAGAAGGCAAAGAAGAGCUGGAUUUCAUAAACCCACUGGCAGCUUUUCACUGGAUAGGAUUAUCACGUGACAAGACCUACAGACCCUGGAUGUGGGGAAAUGGCACAGCUCUCUCCACUGAUUGGUUUCCAGUAAAGAAAGGAUACAUGGAUGGGGACUGUGCAGUUGUCAGAGGUGGAGAGCUCUUCUCUGAUGACUGCAAAGAUAAAAAGCGCUAUAUCUGUGAGCAGCCAGCUCUCUUGAUGAAACCUGACAUAUCAUCACACAAUGGAACUUGA